AUCAGCGGCUCAGCCUUCUGUCACAUAACAUCAACAUCGCACAUUCUGCGUCGCCUCUCCCCCCUUGACAGUAGUCACAAUGUACAACAAUCGCCCCCAUCACCUCCUCGAGCAAGUUCCCUUGACAGUGUCCCCAUUCGUGUCCCUCCCGACAGCAACGACGCUCUCUUACAACUACAAAACGAUGCCCUCGAACAUCCCUCCGUCGUCUCUCGGGAUACCAGCUGUCGCGUCUGAUGCCAAAGAUGAAACAGCGCAACCACAACAGCCCAAGUACAUUGUCUCCGGUUCUGGCCACGCAGCCCACCCCGACGACAUCAUCGCGUCGUGUCGCGCGCUCCAGACCCAUGUGUCCAAGCUGCAAGAAGAUGCGGAAAGAGAACUGCGAGAGUUCGAGGAAAAGAUCAGAGAACGAGAGCUGGCGGAAAAGCGACGCGUUGCGCCUGGAUGGCUCGACAGCGAGUCGCGGUUACUGGAGCCUGAAAAAGCGACCGGCGAGCAGCCUGACCUCAUGGACAGUGAGUCGGCCGAGCAGAAGGCAGCCGUCUCCGGAGCGCCCGCUGUGGCCGACGAAGGUGCGGAAUUGGACAGAGCGUUUGGGGGCAUGAGUAUGAAAUGAGAGUGGCCGACAUGACUGGUGCUCGAUUUCAAGCUUGAUUGAUUAUUGAUACCCAUUUAUCGUACGGAAGCCCAAGGCUACACCUCAUGGGUACCCCCUUGCACGCACUAUCCUUGGAUCUUCAUGCUUCCUUCGACACCAUACAUUUUACAGAAGGUUGGCCGCGAUGACAACGGCGGCACCACCAACGACGACAUUGGAGAGCCAGAACUGGGCAGCGGCACCGGGCACGUUGGUGGGCUCAGGAGUGGUCUGCCUGGGUCAGUUCAUUAUCUUUGGUACCUGGGCUUGAGCAACUUACGCCAUUGUUCUGGCUAGUGGUGGCAGGGAGUUGGGUCGUGCUCCAAGCAGGGGUUUCAGAGUGGCCGUGGUCGACAUCGGUUACAUGGUCGUCGACAUGGGCGGAGUCGCCCGUCUGGCUGGGCUCAGAGGAUACGGCAGUAA